CGUUUGCAAACUUGAAAUAUUUAGUUAACAAACUUAAACCAUAAACAAUUCCUUAAAAAUGGAUAGUAGUUACCAAACGUAAUUUUUUCAACGUUUUUUGAUAAAACUACAUAAAAGCUAGUGUCUGAUAGCGUUGUGACGCCCCACGCAUCAAACCUUUCUGUACAAACGAUGUAAGUAAUCGAGGUCGCAUUCGCCACAAUGGACUGAAUUGGCAAAUGCAUGCCUUUUCAAGCUCCGGUGAUCAUAACUGGUAAAUUGGUGUCCCGCGUUUCCUUAGUUUAUUGUUCCGCUCCCAAAACAGCAAUUAACUUCUUCCAAAAGUAAUUUCCCACAAGACUUGAACGCGCCAUUAAAAGGUGUUUACAAAAGUGGACUAAACCAACAAACCUCUUGGUGUAGGGGACUACACUCAAAUACAGUUACCCUUUCAGCCGUAUUAAGUCGUUAAAAUGUAAAGUAGUUGGCGUCAAUUUAGCAAUACUUCAUAUAAGAAAACAAUUCAGGUAUCUAAAAUUAAUACAAAUCCUAAAUUAUUAUAAUGCCAUUUUGCUCGGCCCGUCAACAACGCAAUAGUUUAGUCCGACUUUCUCCGCAGUCUGCAGUCAAACAUGGCGUCACAGAAAAGUGUACAUACUCGAGAAACUUCACAUUUGUAAAGCAAUAAACGACACGAGCGACUGACAGCGACGUCAAUAAAACGAGACUUGUGUCCCCUAUCAGUCGUAGAAAUGCCCCGGAAAAAGCCAUUCAGCAACAAGCAGAAGAAGAAACAGCUUCAAGUCAAACGGGAGAGAAAGAGAGGUGACACAGGCUCAGGGCCGAGUAGCCGCAAUGCCAGUGUGGAGCGAGGGGGAGAACGCCAGUCAGACACGUCAGACAGCGAGACCACCGACAUCAGGAGGAUAAACCAGCAACCCACCGGCCGAGAUGGCAGACAUGACCCUAAUAGGUUUCGUCUACACUUUGAAAAGGAGAGCAAAGAGGAAGUGGAGAAGCGAAAGAAGAUGGCCAGGGAGAAGGUCCUGCUGCCCGUUUCGGAUAAGCAAUUGGAGAUAGGCAUUGAGGAUAUCUAUCCACCUGAAAGAGGCCUGGGUUUCCCACGACGGCCGCCCUGGAAUUACGAAAUGAGCCGAGCGGACUUGUUGCGAAAAGAAGAGAAGUCGUACAAAGAGUACCUAGAUGACAUGCAUUCAAGAAACCCGCCUGGUUCCCUCAGCCAUUUUGAGCACAAUUUGGAGACAUGGAGGCAGCUGUGGCGAGUGUUAGAAAUGUCAGAUAUCGUCCUGCUCAUUGUGGACAUCAGGCACCCGGUGCUGCAAUUUCCCCCUGAGGUUUACCGUUACAUCACCGUCGAGCUCAAGAAGCACGUGGUGUUGGUACUGAACAAAGUGGACUUGUGUCCACCCCCACUGGUGAUCGCCUGGAAACACUACAUGACCUCACAGUUCCCGCAGGUGCACAUCGUCUGCUUCACUUCCCACCGAGGACAGGCUUACAGCACGGUGCUGCAGAAAAAACGCAUGCGAAGGAAGGCUGACUGGAGUCACGCUGGAGGCCCCACAGAGAUCCUGAAGGCUUGUCAAGAGAUCACAGCAGGACAAGUCGAUCUCUCCAGCUGGGAGCAGAAAAUCCAGGCGAAUGCCGUCGCCGAGCAACAGGAUGAGGAGGGGCCGGAUGAGGAGGCAGAGUCUGUGCUGGUGGAGCAUCAAAGCGAUAGCGCCCUGGAGAUGACCAACCCAACGCAGGAGCUAUACAAGGAUGGCGUUCUUACUCUAGGUUGCAUUGGCUUCCCAAAUGUGGGCAAGUCAUCCGUUAUCAAUAGCCUGGUUGGCAGGAAGGUGGUGAGUGUGUCCCGGACGCCGGGCCACACCAAAUACUUCCAGACUUACUACCUCACCCCCACUGUCAAACUCUGCGACUGCCCGGGACUCGUCUUCCCUUCAUGUGUGGACAAACAGCUCCAGAUUCUAGCCGGUAUUUACCCAGUGUCGCAGCUGCAAGAACCCUACAGCUCUGUGGGUUAUCUAUGCGAGAGGACCCCCUUUCUCUCGGUGUUGAAGCUCAAACAUCCUAAUUUAGAAGAACUCAACACCCAGCUGGGAGACCAGGUUUCAACGGAGCUCCCGUGGACCGCCUGGGAUGUUUGCGAGGCGUGGGCCGAGAGGAGAGGCUACAAGACUGCGAAGGCGGCUCGUAACGAUGUAUACCGGGCAGCAAACAGCCUACUGAGAUUAGCCACCGACGGCCGCCUCUGCCUCUGCCUCAGACCACGUGGCUACAGCUGCUUGAGAGAUCAUUGGGAAAGUCACACAGAUAUCCCAGAUAUUCUAGCCCUCCAAGGACGGACGUCAGAAGACGACAGCGCAGGAAAGCGAGACGACGAAGAGGAUGGCGAAUCUAGCACCGAGCCCGAGGAAGAGCGAGACCGCGACGCGGACGAUGACGACGACGGCGAUGAAGAUGAAAGCUUCAGACGGAGCGAGCGCACGACGUCCGGCUUGGCCGUCAACAUGUUUAAUGUUCUCCGGGAGAAUGAAUGUGAGUGAAUGGAUGAAAUUAUUCUGGUAUUUCUUGCUCCAACUAUUUCAUUCCGAUAUCUUCCUUCCCUCAAGAUACAUUCCUUCUCAUGUGUAGUGACCCUUUCCGAUAUAUAUCUAUAUAUUUAUAUAUAUUAAAAUGCCACCGUUGGGGAAGCUAGCUAGCAUGCCUGCUUAUAAGCCCUCUUCUCCUGUACUUCAACAAAGCCACUAGAUGGCAGAAGGUACUGAACAAAAUUACCUCUGGACUUGUCACCGCAAUUCUUUCCUUAAUUCAUAUUGCCUAAUGUACCUAUACUGUGUAUUUGCCAGAGAAAAGCCCAUAAUUUCCUGAUAUUUGCACACUCCCGCCCAGAUUAUAGAACAUAUUUUUCUACUCCAUGCUGUGCCUCAGCUAUGCUCGUUCAUGCACUAAGCUUUUUCCUCUUGAUGUCAGCCAGCGGGUGCGAAUCCAUUUUUUUUGUGUGUUUGUGUGUGUAUUCUCAGAAUGAAAAAAAAAAAGUCAGUUUAGGGAUGGGCAUCAUAAUCUUAAACAAGCAUUCAACUGCUCAACUGGAAGAGUUCAGAAUCAAAUUGAUCUCAUUACCCGACAAAAUAAAAUAAAAUAUACAAUGCAUAUUACCAUAGGAAUUCUGAUUAACCAUUGACGGCGAUAGAUGAGCCAUAGUCACGUUAAAAAUGAACUGUUUUUAGAUUGAUCAGUGAUUUUGUCACAUUUACUUAUACCAAAUAAGCAAAGAGGUGAACAACCUUCUAUUUUUCUAACAGCUUUAACUUAUUGGCUGCCAUUGACAGUGAUAGAGGUCCAAUCCAUUUGAACACAUUUUAAAUGGUUUGGUCAUCUCCUAGUGACAAACUAUUUUAAAUUCACACUAGAAGGAUGAAUAGACCCACAUGCUUUGACGUCCAUUAUCUUCAAUGGCACUGAAAAAGUUAUUUCAUUAUUGAACUAAUUGUCUGCUGCAAAAAAUGAGCUGUUUUGUUUUUACGUUAACCAAACAGUAACUUCAGUGUAUUACCACUUAACAGUUCAACAACAUUCCUACUUUUGUAACGGCUUUAAAGGGGAAGAUCAGAAUUUUUGACAUCAAGCUUAAUCUUCGAUUUAGCGAGGGUUUAAUUUAUCUGUGGCGUUGAUUUCAACAAACUCCAUUCGUAGAUCUGUAUCGUUUUUUUGUUGGCAUGCUGAGUCAGCCCAAUUGACUCGUGUUAGCUUAGCCACAUUACUGACAAACUGCACAGAAUUUGUUGAAAUCAACUCCACCAACUAAUUACCUUAUUUUUCGGACUGUAAGGCGCACCUGACUAUAAGUCGCCACCCACCUAAUUUGACACGAAAACGGCAUUUGUUCAUAGAUAAGCCGCUUUGGACUAUAAACUGCAGCUGUCCUCACUAUAUUAUGGGAUAUUGACACCAAAAGAUAUUGACUGGAAACACUUUAUUGACAGCGGCAUCAUAAGACUGUCAUAAGACCAUAUGAACCACCAUCAAGCUUUGAACGAAUUGGCUGCAAAGCUUCAUUGCUUCAAGGAGCUUCAUUUGGCUAUCACUGCUCCCUUGAAGGAGACAGUCAACCUUUGCUGCCACCUGCUUUCAACACUGUUGACGUCCAACAUGCCUCCUAGCAUGCAUCGCGUGUUCUAUGCUAAUUAUUUCUUCAGUUACUGUUACAGUUGUUUCAUUAAUUGCUAGUUAGGAUAUUUGGUAAUACUUGAUUUGACAGUAGCGCCAUAAGAUUGUCAUGAGACCCUCAUAAUUAUGAAAUGACACUGCCAUAAGCAUUAAUGAAUGCUUAUGACAGAUGGCAAAUUAUCUCGCUUUUGUAUGGAUCAAAAAGAUCAGAGCUGGACAUAAAUGUGUGUGACAUGGUAGUAACAUAAUUUACUGGAUGACACUUAAUGACAUCUAUCAUAACUAUUUAUUAAUGCCCAUGAUAGUGUCAUGUUGUAAUUAUGACGGUCUUAUGGCAGUCUUAUGACGCUCCUGUCAAAUCGAGUGUUCCCUAUUAACCCAAAUAAAUCAAUAAUCCACACUGGACUAUAAACCGCAGGAUUCAAAAUUAGGAAGAAAAGUAGCGGCUUGUAGUCCGAAAAUUAUGUUAAACCCCUGCUAACUAUAAGAUUAAGCCCGAUGUAAAAAAUUCUGAACUUCUGCUUAAUGUUGUAUCUAAGGCUGGGCAAGUUAACUUUCAAAUUAAUAGUUUUUUAAAAAAUCGCGCAUUAACAACAGUAAGAAAAAGUUUUGCCUUUUUUAGACUGUCCUACAGUUACCCCUCGCUACUUUGCGCCCUCAGUCCAUCACAAAUUUUAUUUCAAUUAAAAAAAAGAAUACAGUAUUUAAAAAUGUUGAGGUAUAUGCAUGUAUACGUGUACAAAUCAUUCUUUUUUUUAAUCUCAUUUAUAUCAUAAUUAUUACAUUUGCAGUGUGUAAAAAAAACUAUACAUUUGAGGUUUUUUGUUUUUAUAUGCUUUAGGGGGGGCGGGGGGGGGCAUGUCUUAUGUUUCUCUUUCCAAUGCAGUUAAAUCAUUAUGACUUCCUUACCAAGGGGACACCAUGUAGGGAGGAAAUACAAGUAAUAACUGAUAGGACAGGAAGAGGGAAGUCGUAUACAUAAUAGUCCUUCUAAAAAAUUAGCAUAUUGUGAUAAAGUUCAUUAUUUUCUUUAAUGUACUGAUAAACAUUAGACUUUCAUAUAUUUUAGAUUCAUUCCACACAACUGAAGUAGUUCAAGCCUUUUAUUGUUUUGUUUUUUUGUAGUUCAAACCUUUUAUUGUUUUAAUAUUGAUAAUUUUGGCAAAAAAGUCAAGAAAAAACAAAAAUCCCUAUCUAAAAAAAUCUGCAUAUUUCAUCCGACCAAUACAAAAAAGUGUUUUUUAAUACAAAAAAAGUCAACCUUCAAUUAUAUCAGCUAUGCACUCAAUACUUGGUCGGGAAUCCUUUUGCAGAAAUGACUGAUUCAAUGCGGCGUGGCAUGGAGGCAAUCAGCCUGUGGAACUGCUGAGGUGUACGGAGGCCCAUGAUGCUUUGAUAGCGGCCUUAAGCUCAUCCACAUUGUUGGGUCUAGUGUCUCCCAACUUCCUCUUCACAAUAUCCCACAGAUUCUCUAUGGGGUUCAGGGCAGGAGAGUUGGUAGGCCAAUUGAGCACAGUAAUGCCAUGGUCAGUAAACCAUUUACCAGUGAUUUUGGCACUGUGAGCAGGUGCUAGGUCGUGCUGAAAAAUGAAAUAUUCAUCUCCAUAAAGCUUUUCAGCAGAUGGAAGCAUGAAGUGCUCGAAAAUCUCCUGAUAGCUAGCUGCAUUGACCCUGUCCUUGAUAAAACACAGUAGACCAACACCAGCAGUUGACAUGGCACCCCAGACCAUCACUGACUGUUGGUACUUGACACUAGACUUCAAGCAUUUUGGCAUUUCUUUCUCCCCAGUCUUCCUCCAAACUCUGGUACCUUGAUUUCCGAAUGACAUAUAAAAUUUGCAUUCAUCUGAAAAAAGUACUUUGGAGCACUCACCAACAGUCCAGUGCUGCUUCUCUGUAGCCCAGGUCAGGCUCUUCUUCUGCUGUUUCAGGUUUAAAGUGGCUUGACCUGGGGAAUGCGGCACCUGUAGCCCAUUUCCAGCACACGGUGGCUCUGGAUGUUUCUACUGUACUCCAGACUCAGUCCACUGUUUCUGCAGGUCCCCCAAGGUCUGGAAUCGGCCCUUCUCCACAAUCUUUCCUGCCACACUUUUUCCUUCCCACAGACUUCCCACUGAGGUGCCUUGAUACAGCACUCUGGGAACAGCCUGUUCGCUCAGAAAUGUAUUUCUGUGUAUAAGCCUCUUGCUUGAGGGGGUCAGUGAUGGCCUUCUGGACAAGCAGUGAAGUCGGCAGUCUUGCCAAUGAUUGCGGUUUUCAGUAAUGAACCAAGCUGGGAGUUUUUAAAAGCCUCAGGAAUCUUUCACAGGGGGUUUGAAUUAAUUUGUUGAUUCAGGUGAUUAGGUUAGUAGCUUCUUUAUGUAGAGUACCCUUUCAUGAUAUGCUAAUUUUCUGAGAUAGGGAUUUUUGUUUUUUCUUGACUUUUUCCCCAAAAUCAUCAAUAUUAAAACAUUAAAAGGUUUGAACGACUUCAGUUGUGUGUAAUGAAUCUAAAAUAUAUGAAAGUCUAAUGUUUAUCAGUACAUUACAGAAAAUAAUGAACUUUAUCACAAUAUGCUAAUUUUUUUAGAAGGACUAGUAUACACAUAUACAACUUUUUAUUGGUUUGUAUGACUGCAAUUAAUCGCAAGAUUCUCAGGCUAUUUAUCGCCAGUAAGAUUUGUAAUUAUUGCCCAGCCUUAAUUAUUUCAUGAGUUAAUUAAUUGGCUGCUAUUUAUUGUGAUCGACGUCCAUCCGAACUGCCACCUCCUCGCAGUCAAAAUGGAUUGGAUGUCUGAUUGUCAAGAGCACUGAAACAUGAUCAUUUACUGCCAGCCAUCCCCGUCAGAAUGGAUUGGACGGCAUUUGUUCCGACCAACCAAUCGGAACAGAAAAAUGCUGAACCCUGAGAUGAAUUUGAAAUCUUGCUUGUUAAAGAAACAAUCCCUUUGCUGACACAGUUUAAGUUACAUCGGCAACUGAUUCGAAAUUCCUUAAGAUUGGAUGAAAAAACACUUACAGGAAGCAGUACAGCCAAGAGAAACGGUACCAUUUCAUGAAACAUACUAGAAGUUUGUACUAUUAAGUUUUGCGGUAUGUGUGUACCCUGCUUGUAGAAUUAUGACUUGACCUAAAGCAUGACUUCCCUAGGCAAUGGUAUGAAAACUACAGUUCAGAGUGUUCAAAUAACAAUAAUAAAAGAAAAUGCCCAUCCCUCCAAUUGAUCCAAUCAAUAAUGUGACCUCCUAGCUCCGCCUGUAAGCUGUCAAUCACGGGACACGAGCGCCAUUUCAUACUCAGGUCAGCAGAAACUAGUAUUACCAGUCAGAGGUUCAAUUCUCUGAUGAUUACAGAGAAGUAUAGAGUUUCUGAGAGUGCUGUGUUCUUUGGUGUGGCUUUGGAUUCUCAUCUUUCUCAAUGGGGAUUGAAAACCUGUAGUGUUUUAACUACUUGGCUACACAAUCACGUUUAAAUGGGAGUAUGUGGCAUUCAGUCCAACAAAGCUCUUGGACUUUUUGGGUUUUUGGGAGCGAUGUUCUUUCAUCGCAGUGUGAGGCAGGAAACAUCAUCAUCUAUUUCCACGCACGCCAGAGCAAAUAAAACCCCAGCUACGAGAGUGUUAUUUUUUCCCCAAACGUCCACAUGUUCUUUUAACUGCACAGAGGGAGGCAAAGUGGAUUUAGAAUUUUCGACUUCCAUGUGUCCCCGCCACGAUAAGCAGCCAGCGUAUUAUGUCAUUAAAUGUGACUUUUGGCGUUAUCUAGUAAAAGCUUCGCUCCAUCUUCCACAUUGUCUCACUCUUCUAAGCGUCAUAAAAGGAAGGUUAUAAAGUGUUAAGGCUGGACGAGUAUUUAUGAUGCCUGCCACAUUGCUUCUUUUGUUCCAAAAUCUCUUCACCGGACUGUUCUCUGCAAUAAAAAAAAAAAGUCCUUAAAGCCAUUUUGGGGGUUGUUGCAUCUGUAAACAAAUUGUGUUGACUGUCACUUGCUAUUCAUGACAUCACAAGUCUUCUGUUUACAUUUGAAAAUCUAGUGUGUUGUGUGGCGUGUGAAGGCUACAUCAUGAAUUAUGUGUCACGGAAAGACUGCUGAGGAUGAUAAAUGGCUAACGUGCAAGGAUAAGAGCCACAACAACUGCCAAAUUUAAGUUUGUCACUACAAAAUCCAACAGAAGAAGGUAAGCCACGUUAAGUUUGAGUGUAUGACCUCACCGAGCACAUCACUUGAGUUCUAAAUAGUUCUCAGUAGUCAGCUGGGCUAUUUUAUAUCACUAUAAUGAUAUAUUUGAAAGACCUGUCACAAUUGGAAAAUGCAUAAAGUAGUGCUGUAUCAAACCUUAAUAGAAGAAAUGCAGUAGCAUAAAUAUUUUUGCACAAAUGUUAGAUGUAAGAAGAAAUGUAAGAUAUUUGUUUAUUAGUACUUGUGAGUGGAUUUGACUUCUACCACGAUAUUAAGAUAACAUAGUCAUAAUUCAUGUUAAUAAGGGAAAGAAUUUGGUUGUCUGCUUUCUUUGUAGCUAAGACAUCUUUGUUUUGUUAAAUACUGCCAUUUCGAAUUGUUUUGAAUUCAUAAUUCGUCACACUGUUUGGGAAAGUGACAAAGAGGGAGACAGUGUUCAGGCUGGAAUUCCCAACGUGCCUUGCUUUUUGUAAAGAUAUAUAUAUAUAUAUAUUAGGGCUGUCAAAAUUAUCGCGUUAACGGGCGGUAAUUUUUAAAAUUAAUCACGUUAAAAUAUUUGACGCAAUUAACGCACAUGUCCCGCUCAGACAGUAUUCUGCCUUUUGGUAAGUUUUACAGCAAUGCUUUUUUUGCUGUCUAACAGCGAACUCUUGUGGUCGCUUUGCGACAUGGUUUAUUGUUUUCUUGCCAGUUCAAUAUGGCUGCACGACGUCUCGGGCUGACGCCUACGUUGUAAUGUUGUGCAUAUAUGAUCCUUGGACAAGAUUUGUCCGUAAGUAUGGUUGUUGUAAAGAAUGUACAUAUUAUGUUAGUAAGCGAAAUGUUAUAUUUUUUGUAUGAGACGCUUUUUGUUUAUGUUUAGUGAACCUGUAUAGCGUGCUAAGCUAACGUUGUUGCUAAUGCAAUGCUUGUGUACUUUUUUUGUAGUUUUAUGACGGUCUAAAGAGGACAAUGGUUUGAGGCCAUUUUAUUAAUAAAUCAGAUGAAAAAGGAAGAAGUCUGAUUAUUAAGGCGUCGUUCACUGGCUGUCUAGCUUUGGAAAAAGUAGACGCUUCGGAGUGAGGAUAGCAUAGACAGAUUUAUAUGACAGUAGAGUGAAAUGCCCACUACAGUCCUUAUGUACCGUAUGUUGAAUGUAUAUAUCCAUCUUGUGUCUUGUCUUUCCAUUCCAACAAUUUAUUUUACAGAAUAUAUAUAUAUAUAUAUAUAUAUAAUUUACAGAAAAAUAUGGCAUAUUUUAUAGAUGGUUUGAAUUGCGAUUAAUUGCGAUUAAUUACGAUUAAUUAAUUUUUAAGCUGUAAUUAACUCGAUUAAAAAAUUUUAUCGUUUGACAGCCCUAAUAUAUACACUAAAGGUGGGAAUCUUCGGGCACCUAACGAUUAAAUUCCGAUUCAGAGACUCCGAUUCGAUUAUAAAUCGAUUAUUGAUACCCCCCACCCCACCCCCCUCCCGCUUUUAAUGUUUUGUACAUAGUUCCAAAAUUGUUCAAAAAUCCUCUCAGGCUAAACCAAACUACUAGUUCUGUAUCAACUUAACAGUUCAAAAUGGCAAAUAAAAUACUCAUGUCCCCAUUCUGUAUCAGCAGCUUUAAACUACAUUCAAUUAAUUUAAUGUUGUGAAUCAACCGUUAAAAGUUAAAAUUGCUCCCGUUAUUCCAUAAUUUCCCUUCUGUCUACUUUUGACAUGUCAAAGUUUUAAAACUGUUUCAUCAUUUAAAGAUAGAUUCAAGUCAGUAUUUUAACGACUUAGGAGUAUUUUAGAUAAAAAGUUAAUUAGGUUCGCUACAACAGAGCCUUCUAGAGAGGUCUACUGCUUUAAGAUGGCGGCUGUUUACUAACCCCGGCCGAGUCUGUCAUUUCGAAUCCAGUUCUCUAAUACAUGUUCUAACUCUGCCGUCGUCUGUCAUUCUGCAUCUAGUUCCACAUAAAUGUGAUAUCUUCUGUAGCCGUAUGUGGCUGUAUGUUUGUAGCAACUAGCAACUGGGCGUUGUUUGUAGCCGCUGUCGGCCACAGUCAGGUAUGAUUGUUUUUUUAUGUAGCGGCAUGAGUUGAACAUAUUUACUCUCGGUCCAUUCCUCAUUGCGCCCCGAAGACCGACUGUGUUUUAGUUCCGCUUUACCUGGUAUAAUUCAAUAAUCGGAACUUGGAUGUUUGACAAUCGUUCUCGAAUUUUCCACGACCGAAUCGCGAAUAAUCUAAGAAUCGGAAAUUUCGCACGCCUCUAAUAUACACUGCUGGCCAAAAGUAGGCACCCCUGCAAUUCUGUCAGACAAUGCUCAAUUUCUCCCCAAAAAUGAUUGCAAAUACAAUUUCUUUGGUCGUAAUAUCUUUUUAUUUUGCUUUCAAUGAAAAAACACAAAAGAGAAUAGAAAAAAAAAUUAAAUCAUUAUCACUUUACACAAAACACCAAAAAUGGGCCGGGCAAAAAUUUCGGCACCCUUUGAAAAAUCAUGUGAUGCUUCUUUAAUUUGUGUAAUUAACAGCACCUGUUACUUACCUGUGGCACAUAAUAGGUGGUGGCAAUAACUAAAUCACAUUUGCAACCAGUUAAAAUCGAUUAAAGUUGACUCACCCUCUGUCCUGUGUCCUUGUUUGUACCACAUUGAGCAUGGAGAAAAGAAAGAAGACCAAAGAACUGUGAGGACUUGGGAAGCAAAAUUGUGAGGAAGCAUGGGCAAUCUCAAGGCUACAAGUCCCAUCUCCAAAGACCUGAAUGUUC